GAGAAAGUGUUUUUUUAGAUCGUUGCGACACUUUCGGCAAAAGGCAGUAGCCGCAUUGGAGGUGCUUUCUUAGUGGCCCAAACAAGUAAGUUAGUAUUAGAUGGCCACGCUGGAAGUACUGAAUUGGCUUUUUUCUUAGUCCUAGUCAUUACUGUGUCUGCCUUUUUUCCACCCCGCUCAUAAUUUUUUCCGAUCAUUCAAGUUUGUUUGACCUUUCUAGUACAGAACUAGUGACUUCGUCUUGUUGCUCUGAGUAACAAUCUUGAAUCGAGUCUAAUUAUAAGGAGUUUUUCUUUCUAGCGAGUACCCCUGUAGCGAAUAUCCAUACAGUGCAAGUUUUAUUUUGUCGAAAAUAUUUAUAACCUUGAUAAUUUAGCAUUGACAUUCCUUGAGUGGAUGCCUCAUGAGAUUCAAUUUUCUAUGUUGGACGAAACAUCAGUCUUUGUAGUUUAAUUUGUCAGAAAAAUGGGCAUGUCCUCGUGAACUCUCUCGUUUCAUAUCAUGGGCCGAAACCGCAGCACCAGCGAAGACGCUGGACGGUCGCGCCAUGCCGCAGCUAGGAAGAAAAAGAAGGUCUUAACAAUUUUGAUUGAUUUUCUCCCGCAUGAAGUAUGUGUACGUCUAUAUGUGAGACUCAUAGGGGAACCUCCCUAAAUCUAAGUCUAAAUCUAAAUCAUGCCAUGGCAGUAGAACAUCUGAUUUAAUAUCGCGAAGGAAGAAGCAAGACUAUGAACAGUAGCGCGGCUCAUUGACAUAACUAGUACAAGUAGUGCGGCGUUCUUGAGUUUAGGAAUGAGAGAUUCUCUGGCACAAGCCAAACCAUCGCAAUCAAAACAGGUAGCAACUACCGCGAGCCGGGACACAAAUAAGGCAGCCCGAGAGCCAGCAGACUCGUCGAAAGAGAGCGGCGUGCAUAGCAAAAAGCGUAAGAAAGGCGCGAAAGAAGGUAAAAAAAACGCUAAGGAAAAGAAAAACAAAAAACGCAGAAAGUUAGAGCAAGCCUCGGAGGACGCUGAGAAGCACGAUGAAGAUGAUGAGGAGCAUGUUGAUGUUGUGGUGGAUGAACAAGAUGGAGAGCAGGAGUUGCAUGACGACGACCUUCCAAUAAUAUCAGGUGAUGAGGAGGCUCAUGAUGAGGGUGAUGAGGACGCGGGAGCAGAUGAAGCGGUGGAAGAAAGAGUUCGAAGGCCUUCGCGGAGUCAGCGAACCUCGGCGAGUGAUCGCUCGGAUGGCCGCAAGGGGCUGCCCCGGAGGGAGUCGCAGCCCCGCAACGGGGAAAUGACUAGGAGUACGAGCCCAGCAGUCUCUCAUCAGCUCAAGUCUACCGAUUCUACGUCCUUACGCAAGCGUGAGGGCGAAGCUGUUGCGACAGGAGAAGCAGCUCCUGCUGAAGGUGCAGCAGCACAGAACGACCAGCCAGCUGGAGUAGAACCCCCAGCGCAGGAGGAGAGAAAACGACGAUCAGAUGGUAAUCAAGCUGGCAUCAACUGCCAAGAGGAGGAUGUCUGUUCCGAGACGGUGUUUGUUUUAGAAACGGACUUACGCCGCGCAGUGCGAGGUCACGCUGGUACAACUAGCGCGCGACUUGAGGAAACGGACGCGGAGGCCGCUGCGCUGAUCACCCAGGAUGACGUCCAACUUUUUGUUUCUGGCGUCGCUCUCCAGAUCAAGAGCUGUAUUCAGGGCCUUGGUCAUUUCGUUAACGACGACCAAGAAUUUGAGGUUCUAGCGGCACGGACAGCAGUCAGCCGGCAGAGCAAGCGAGGCACAGCCCCAUGGAUAGCUCAAGGUAUACCACAAGUUUACAACAAAAUGAAUUAGCCAAGGGAAAGAGAAUUUUGAAAUUCAAACGAGAUUCACACUUAGUACUUCAUCAGACAAAUUUUUUACUUUUCUUUCGAUAUCAGGGGCAAGCGAAAGAGUUUUUAUACUUGAUUAGUAAUCUUACUGCAACGUCGAUCAUGAAGAAUAACCCAACCAGCAUAUGAUCGUUCUCAUAGGAAGCACUGAUAUGGAGUACCGAAAACUGAUGGUGAAGGGUGUGCCGCGCUCGCAUUUGGGUAUCGCGCUCAGUGUGUUGUACCAGUACCUACCGUCUGUGAGGCAUAAAGACGGGGCUUGGUUAUGUCGGGACGGUUCUGUAGUGGAGAAUCUGUACCAAGAGGCGCUCGUCUUUUCUUCAACGCGUGAACUUGUAAGGUCAAGCCUUUACGCUCAGGGGCGACGGCCAAGCACGGGGGCUCGCCUCUUGUCUGCGGAUGAAGUGAGAAGAGGAUCAUCUGGAAAGCAGGCGAACCAGCAUGAAUUCGGGAAUAGUAUGAGCAGUAGUUCAGCGGCACCUUUCGGGGGCGGAGCAGGUAACACAGUGGGCAAAACUGCCUCCACAGAUGGGCAGCGGGCAAAACCGCGGCGUUACAUCAAUCCGGCAUUGCUCGGCGGGCAGCCACCAGAGGAGAAGCCAGGUGGUGGACUUGUACUCAAGUCUCGGAGAGAGGUGCAAGACGAGCUGGUGCACCAGGGAGGUGCGUUGGAGCUAACGCCUGCCUCGCGUAGCAGAGCAGAACAGCAGCAAGGCAUGUUGGCGCCAGGGGCUGCGUUGAACGGGUUGCCACGUGAGCAAGGUCCCGACGGACUAGUAUCGGGCCACGGCUCUUCUGCAAGCGGUGGCCUCGCACAAACAACGGAUCGCGGGUUGCCUGGCGACGGACAGAGGGGGUUGAGAAGCAAGGCUUCGGGUGACUACGAGAUGUCGGCGGAGAGCGAGGAAUCCGAUGCUGACAGUCGUCGGCACGACAGCCGCCGACGAGGAGGAGGUGGGCGGCGGCCGCGAGGCGGUCGAGGAGGACGGUUCGACAACCACCGACGCGGUGGCCCACGAAGGUCACCUAGGGAUAAUUCUAGGUCUCGCGGACUCCCGCGAUCCGGUCCUGGAAGUAAGCGCCGCAGUCGUAGUCGUGGCCGAGGUCGCGGGGGACGACGCGGAGGGCGAAGGAACAGAGGCGGAGGAGCCGCGCCAGGCGGCGACCAACGCACAGGCACAAACGAUAUUCCCCUAGGAAAAGUAUUGCGACCCUUUGCCACCUGUGAUGAUGGAAGCCGCAUAUCACGCAAUCCAUCCCGCGACAUCGAUCCGAAUGCAUCGACAAUAGAGUACUUGCUUCUAAUAUUCCUGAACUAUAAUUCGAUUCUUUUCUGAAGGAAUACGUACAGGUGAAAUUGAUUAUGUAGGAUACUUGACCUAGUUGUAGUUGGUAGUCACACAAUAAAAAUUUCACCAUUUUGCUUGUGGAACUCACACGAACCAACUACGAGAUGAACCUCAGAGACUUAUGAAUAUUACUUACUUAGAAGUUAUCGAUACAUGAUCUGCUCUUCCUUCAAUACUUCUUUUAUCGUGUUUUAGCCGUGAUGGAAAUCCGCUUCUCUGGCGUCUGCACUUGCAAGCCGAGAAUGUAGGGACAAUACUCGAGUGCCACAGCGACAAGAACCAGUACACGCCACAGCAUGUCCACUUUCGGAUUUUGCCCUGGCACAAGCAUGCGCUCCCGCACACCUCCGCGGAGGAGCGCAGUCUUUUUAGCCUUGCUGAACGGCAUCGCUGUUUCGUGUCCGUGCUUGGUGGCCCGUACGAGUCCGUGUAUGGCCCCGCGCUGGCUCGUGCAGAAUUUUUUGUUGACGCAGCGACGCCACCUCCCUCAGUUCAAGUCUCAACCUCAUCCUGUCGCAACUUCGACUUUCUCAACGCACGCCACCGGCCCGAUAGGCUGCUUGUUUUGGAAGCGGUGAAGGAGGACGAUGUAGCCAAAGCUGCCGAAGAAGCCAAAAAACUCCUGGAAGCGGCAGCGCAGAUGCACGCAGUGCAACAAACCGCUGCGGUAUUUUGUCUUAGCCUAUUGCGAGGAAUGUUGGUGACCAACAAUCCAGUAUUAGUAGUGAAUUGAAUUUCGGGAAUUUGAAAUAACUUCCUUGUCCAUCUACUUACGCAUGAGGUUCAUGAUGGUAGCGUAGCAGAUAGGAUAUUACUAGGCUUAUUUAUCUUGUUGUCAGUGCAAGGGAUCAAAUGAAAACUAAAUCACUCCAUACAACAGCCACGCACGUCUCCUAACGGAAGUCCACAAACGGCUGGGGGCCAAGGGCUUGAGAGAGUAGCAGUGCCAAAGGGAGCCUCUCCAAUUUUGGCGGGGAACAAAGAAAACCAAGGUGGAGCAGCAGGAGAAGUGUUCCCACGUCCAGCGAGCUCUCCAGGGCAACCUCCAGCGGCAGCUGGCGGUGCGGUGAGCAAAGCGGGAGGAGUGGCGGGUGUUCCUCCGAUCGCCGGCAUCAGCACGAUGGCGCAAGGCGUACCAGACCCGCGCAGUCGCUUCUAUGAUCCCUCUACAGCGCGAACGAGUAAAGACACUGGAACAUCUUCCGCGGCUUCUCCUCGGUCUGCAGCGGUUCCAGCGGAAGGCGGCUUGCCGCCAGGCAGCAAGAUACAACUCUCUCCCGCACGCGAAAAUAACGGUAUAAUGCCGAGUGGUGCGCGCGAACGCGCUGGAACGGGAAGUUCCACUGGCGGCGGCAGAGGAGGAGCGGAAGUGCGGACUAAGGGCGGGGAGUCGCCUGAUAUGGCACACACACAGCAGUCCAGCGAAGUGGCAGGGUCUACAUCCUCGGAGCUCUCGAAGAGUGGCGCUGUUGUGGUAGGAGGACCGCCUCCCCCGCAAGACGCGAGUUCCUCGACAAACUCUAACAAAGACGGUCUUAUGCUUCCGUUGCAGCUUCACUUGGCACCACAUCACGCGCAAACUGGGCCACCAGGCGGCGGGCCAGCGUCCCCGCAAAGUUCUUUCGGGACAACACCCAUUGCCAUCGUGCCAGCGCCGGGCCAUCAUCAAGGUGGUUUUUCGUCGGCUUCCAACGGAGGCAGUAUGGGCUUGUCGCUUGGUCAACACGGUGGCGUGACACCCAUGAGUCGAGGUCAUCUGGUGCAGGGUGGCCCCGGACAGCCAGUUGUAGCAUAUAAUCCGGGAUCAUCUGGACCUGGUGGACCGAUGGCGGGUCAUCUUCCUGGACAAGCUGCGCACGCAAUACGAGCUCCAGUUGCACCAGCAGGAUUGAUUGGACCGCCUGGUGGGACCCCGCGAAACAUGCUGGGUUCCAUUCCACCAGCAGGACCGUUUUCGAGUGGAGCAGCUUCCGCAGCACCAGCUGGUCCAUUUCAUCAGUCAUCUGGAACUCCCGGGGGAGGAGCGAAUGUCGCAUCCCCAUUGCAGACCCACAGUGGCAGGUUUCGGCCGGCGCCCACAUCUUUCGGCGCCUUCAGCGCAGACCACAACAAGAGCACGUUUCCAUUCCCACCAAGCAAUCACUCUGCGCCUCCACCGGGCAAUCCCAGCGUUGUGAUUGUGCAGUCGGCACCUGGAAGCCAGCACGCGCCCGUAACUACGUGGAUGCACCAGCAGCGGGGUAACACGACACCUUCGCAUCUGGGUCAGCACCAGACAAUCUAUCAUCAUGGAACACCGGGAUCGCAUGUGAUUGUCACGCACGGUGCAUUGCCGCCGUCGUCGCAACAACAUGGUUCUUUUGCGUCUUCCCAUCCGUCUAGCAUGCCGCUGCAUCAGAAUCCACCAUCCUACCAUGGUGGCGCGCCUGCCGCCCCCGGUAUGCAGAGACAGCAGGGCCCUUUUGAUCUCGGCGCGCCUCCUGAAAUGUCUCCACCCAUGACGGGACAGCCUCCUCUCACUCUUACGGGUCCCGGGUCGCUGCAGGGACUGCAAGGAAAGAAACAGGCUGGUACGAGGGAUCACGAUCAUCGACCCGCAAAACCGAAUAGCACUAUCGUUGUACUACUGAAUUAUAUCUUAGUACACACAGCUGUAAUUUUUGUAGAAGUUCAUAUAUAAUUAUGACGAUUAUUUCACGUGUUGACGUACAAUGUCCUAUCCUCUAACUCUAUCGGGGAGCCGCAUCUCCUCGAAGAAGUGCUACGUUUGAAAUUUUACGAUGACUCCACUUCUCGCAAACGCAAUCAAUCUUGAUGAUAUUACACUUCCACAGCCUUUCGAGCCCAGUCCGUUCGACAAAGCGACAGGCAGCAACGGAAAGUUCACAAGUGAAGAGUUGCGGGAGCAAUUGGAUUACGACGAUUUGUGAGAAGUAAGUAGUCGUUCCUCAUGUCGCAUUACCGCCGCUGCUGCUGGUGCUGCCUUGUUCGGAAUCCGUCUUAUGUAAGCGAUCCUUCUCCUUGUAAUUUCUUAUUUUUCCUAGUUUGUACCAGUACCUGUACAUCAUAGAUAAAUGCUGUCAUACCUUAGUACAUCCUUUGCAAUUUGUGAAGGAACAGCAAUCAAUCGCAAAAAUAAGGCUGAACCAGGCUUCGUGUGCUCUUGCAUUACUUGAGUUCUGGCGGGCCGGCCUCUCCUAAGUCACAAAACCCCAUUCACACGAUCGGUUGUAGGCUUCAAGUACUCGUGGUUUCCACGAAACUCUUUUCCUCUGAAUAUUUCGUGCUGGCUCGAGCGACACUCGCCAGUCCUACUCUUUUGUUUUCGUUUUUUAGGGCUCUUCGGAGCAGCAGGGCUUAGCACAUAUGACUUUUCUUCCCCUGCCCUGGUGUUUCUUCUUCUGAAUUUUAUGGUUUUCUAGCAGUCGGUGGUUGUUAAGCGUGAAGCCUUUUAUUAACGUUUCCAUCUAGUAGGUACCCUCUUUCUUUCUUGAAGCUCUUGUCAUGGAACAUUACUAGGUAACUGAGUUUUAUUACAGUCGUUUGAUUAAUACCCGUGUCGUGGGGCCAUUUUUCUUAUCCUUGUAACCUACCUUCUCCGUCAGCUCCCCUAUGAGUAGUAGCAGCCUACCCAUUGACGUUGAUUCCCAAAUAUAAGUUAUCUUCUUUUACUGAUGAAUAUGCCAAUGCCACGGUGUAAAUUGAAAAUUUUGUUUGAAGAAAAUAUGUGAAAAAUGUAGCAAGAACCGGUUGAUAUUGUGUAACUGAGAGCAGCGUAUUGAACUCGAAGGUUCGAUUUCAAGUAAACCUAAACAUAGAUUGCGUCUUGGUGGCCAAACACGAUUAAAAUCUUGUUGGUCCCUCAUCAUUUCAUGUUCACUAGUUCUGUCACAUCAGCGAGCAUGAUCUUUGCAUGUUGAGAGGAAGAGCAGCAUGCUUUGUUUCUCUCAUCUCAACAAGUUCCUAUUCAAAGAAACACAGAGAGUGCAACUGAGAUCAUCAUUUCCCAAUUGAUAGAUAAUUCUAGAGUAACGUGACUCCGCUAAUGUCGCUUAC